AUGUCUUCAGAUAACGAUGGCCAGGAGGCCACCAGUUCUCAGGCAUCGUCGCCUAACUCUGAUAACUACCGUUUCUCAGUCAACAGUUUGCCAGCUACUUUUCGACCGGUGUUUUCUUCUAACAUUGAGUACUUUAAUGAAGUCCAAACGAAACUCUUUGAUUUGUUGAUUCAUGAGGAUAAAAGUUUGGCUGUUCGCGCUCCCACUGGUUCUGGCAAAACAGUUUUGCUUGAAAUGGCAAUUGUUCGCGAACUAAUGAAAAUGGACUGUGGUUUAUCUGAGCAAACCUCUUUCAAAGACCUGCACAUUCUCUAUUUAGCUCCUCUUGAAACGAUUGCUGAGGAAAAAUGCAAUGAUUGGCACAACAAGUUUUCCUCGUUUGGAUUAAAAUGUUUCGCUUUAACCGGUGACACCGAGUUUGACGACUACAAUUCUGUCCAAGUCACCUCUUACGCUAAUAUAAACAUCAUACUCGCAACUCCCGAGAAGUUUGAUCACGUCAUUCGAACUGAUCCCCGAAGUCGAAAGUUUUUGCAAGUUCUCAAGUUAAUCUUGAUUGACGAAGUUCACAUGCUUUUGGAUCAACAGCAAAAAAUUGUCCUCAAAGAAACAAUUGCACAAGUCAAAGCUUUACGAUCAAAGCACAGUUCUUCAUCACAGUUGUGCUUGUCGCCACUGAGAUUUAUCGCUAUUUCUGCCACUGUUCCCAACGUUAAUGACGCCGCUGUAAGAAUUAACGGUUCUUCGGACAUUACAAAUCUCAAAGAUUUGCGACCAUUAGAAAAAUUUGAGCAAGUCGUUUUGGGAUAUGACCCUAAUCCAUCAGCUUUUUCGGAGCACAAUUUUGACAUUCAGCUGACUAACCACUUGGAAACAGUCAUUUGUGCUCACUCGGACUCCAAGCCUGUAAUUGUGUUCUCUUCAACUCGAAAAUCUGUUGAGCUUACAGCAAAAACAUUAACGUUUUUAAAAGAAACCUACUUCUUCAGCGACAGCCACCGUAAAGAGUACUUCAGAGAAAUUUCUUUACUCAUCAAUGCAAGCUUUGAUACUUCAAGUGGUUUCAUUAACGACAGAGAAGGUUAUUUUAAAAACGUUGAUCUGAAAACGUGCUUGGCUUCUGGUGUUGGCUUCUACCACUCGGGCAUGGAUCCUGCCGACCGUCGUUUGCUGGAAAAAUUGUUUGCCAAGUCGCUUAUUCCAGUUUUGGUUUCAACUUCAUCAUUGGCAAUGGAAUCGAACUUGUCUGCUCAUGUGGUCAUCAUUAAGAACACGGUGCAAUUUUUAGAUGGAAGAAAGACGGUUGAGUACAAUUCGGCUCAAUUUUUGCAAAUGAUCGAAUGUGUUAAGCGUCCUCAAUUUGGCAUCACUACCAAGGCAGUCAUAAUGACACAAGAAAGCAAAAAAACGUUUUACAAAAUGGUUUUUAACUGUGAUGGAGCUACCUUUAAGUCUACUGAACUGCUCUUCAAAAUGCUCAAUGAGGGAUUUAAUUUGGAAAUGUUUCUAGAAAAACUGAGUGAAUGCCUAGCUUUGUCAAGUGAUAUCAUCCUUCGUGUGUCAGAAAAAAAGUUCCUUAACGAGUACAGCAAAAAUCUGCGUUUCAAGUCAAAAGACAAGAUAAAAAACAGUUCGAUGAAAAUUAACUGUCUUCUUCAGGCUACAUUUGAGUCCAUUCAAAUUGAUAGCACUUUAACUCAAGAUUCGUCAAAUCUGUUCUGA